AAUAAGGAGGAUUUCACUAUAUUUACUGCCAAUUUUUCUAUAUGUUCUGUUUGGUUGUCAAGAAAGUUCUAAAAAAUCCUGGGAUCACUUCAAUCUCAGCAUCUUGUAAGAUUCUAAGCUGAGGGGACAAGAUUCUACACCAUCCACGGUUCACUCCAAACACCCUUUCAGGGGAAUGGAAGUUAGAGAAUAUAUGGUCAUCAAUCCGCUGUUUUCCAGGAACAGAAAGAAAAUUGCCAUGAAAAUUGGUAAAACUAGUCAUUUUCUUAUGGCUUGUUGAAUUAGUAUUUCUAGCAGGAUUGAAGAACCAGAAGGAUUCAACACGGCAUCAGUUCAACCUCAUGAACUUGCCUAUUUAUAUAGCCUAGCUUGUCUCACUUCAACUUCAUUGCUUCUCCAUUGACAAUCCAGUGUAACAGAAACGACACAGAAGAGGCCUGGGUGGCAAAGAUUCAGUCGUCAUACCAUCUCUGUCAUUCUCCAAUUUUUUUUUCUUCUUCUUUGUUUGCUUUCCAUCGUGACAAAGGGUUCCACUUGCACCUGAAAACAAAUGAAAUUAUAAAUGGAAACAAUCUCCAUCACUUCCAUGCUUGUGUCCCAACCUUUGAUUGGUGAAAACUACUCGUGGAGCAGGGGCUAUGCUUGUAGCCUUGCGUGUAAAGAACAAAGUGGACUUCAUCCAUGGAUCAAUUAUGAACUCUUCAACCUGCGACCUAUGGAAUCAUUGUAACAACAUGCUGGCGUGGACUGUUUUGAACUCAACCCACCUCUCUUCAACGUUACAAAUCCGGGAUCUUUCUGCACACAUUCCGACCACUCUCUCAUCACCUCGCCGCUGCAACUCGUAUCCGUACAGUUUCCGAUGGAAUCUACGGCCGGGCCUUCUCAUAUCCAUGGAACAAAAAAAAAAGAACCAAAGCCUGUUGGUCCUCAGCCGCAAGUACUUGCCGUGGCCCCUCUCAAUAGCAUGCCAUAUAUUGGCCCUGAUAUGUCCUAUUCAUUGCCAACUGAAGCAGAUGGUGGGGCUCCACAAAGAGUUAGGCCAGAUAUAAUAUUUAUGCCUUUUGGCCCAAUGGAGGAAGAGCCAGAUAUAGCUGUCACGAAAAAUGGAGUUGGGCUGACAGGGAGUGCAGCCAUGGGAAAGGUGGGAUCAAGUUUUGGACUGGUUGACAUUGGUGAGUUUGAGGAUUCAUAUCUAUUCCGUGUGUCCCUCCCAGGGGCGGCAAGAGAUGAAAGAAGAUUCAGUUGUGAUAUUAAACCUGAUGGCAAAAUUUUGAUAAAGGGGGUAACAACAACAGGUGAGAAAAUAGUGUGCAGGAACUUCCAAAUUUUUAAAAUGCAAACCCAAAAUCUAUGCCCGCCAGGGCACUUUUCUAUCUCGUUCCAGCUGCCAGGUCCAGUUGAUGAUCAACAAAUCUCUGGUGGUUUUGGAAUUAAUGGGAUUUUUGAAGGGAUCGUGAAGAAAAGAUAACCAAAAAAAGUACUUGGUCAGCAUACACCUGCCUAAAAUGAGGACCAUGCAUCGGUAAGAGGAUUCAAAUUGAACACACCACAAAGACAUGGGGAAAUUCAAGAGAAUGUUGAUCUAAGUGGUGAAAAGAGACAUGAUUCCUUAUGAUUCAACAUAAAAUAUGGACUUGAACCGAGCUGAAGAAAAUAGCAUUCACUGAGCCAACUCGAGCCAACUUUAAUCAUUGGAAUUUGCAGAGGUUUUGUUGAGUUAAACAUAUACUAAUUUUUGAUAAAUUUUUAGAUGGAAAUUUUAGUACUUUAAUUUACUAUCAUUUUCAUCUGUUUGGGAUAUAAUGAGUUUUGAGAAUUGAGUCUUUUGUCUUAAACUUGUUUUAUCCCUAUAUUAGAGUUGUAUGAAAAACUUAUUUUUCUCAGGAUGUACAUUCAAAGGAAUGUUUUGAGCAGCAUGAAUUAAGAUUGGGAUAUUCUUUACCUUUGCUUUAUAAGUAUUGUAGUGAAGUUGUGAAAAGUUUAUUAAUUUCUUUUAAUUUUGUUGAAGUUAUGGAAAGUUUAUCAAUUCCUUUUCCUUUUUUUAAUCAAAAAAACUAUUUUAUUGCAUUUAAAUGGUAAGUAUAAAGAAGAAUGUGUAAUUUUUCCUGCAAUUUUAAAUUCUUCUACACAAAGUUUUAUAAAAAAAAUGAAAAUACUAAUCCAAGAGACAAAUCUAUCUACACUAGUCAAAAUGGUUAGGACAAACUCGAUAUAGUUCAAGAAGAUAAAAAAAUCUCUUCAAAAAAAAAAAAAAAAAAAACGAAAUGUCUUGCCCCAUGUUUUACUAAUGCUUUCACCACACCAUUGCCUAAGUGACAAAUCUUAUGGAAGGAACAUCUCACCUUUGAAGGAAUAUCAAUAAUUUGGCCUAACCAUUCAUCAAAUUUCCAUGAUCCUCUUCUUUCUUUGUUGCUCAUGAUUUGAUUAUAGCAUAAUCUCCUUCUACUUGGAGAUUGAAGAGGCUAAAGCUUUAGUCUGCAACAAAUCCUCCAAAAUGUUUAGAAUCUCUACCUGAAUGGCUGAAACCUGACUUGCAGGUUUGGAGAAAGCUACUACCACUGUCCCAAAGUAGUUGUUGAGCAAUCCUCCUUUCCUAGCUGCCAUGGGUUACCCAAAGAACACCCUUCAAAAUUUAGCGUAAAGAAACUUACUAAAAGCGGUAAACAUUCAGGUAGUGUCUUCUUAAUCAACCUCAUGGUUCUACACACUAGGUUCUGAUCAAACACAAUGAGCUGAAAUUUGUACUUGAAAAAGCUUCAUUAAUAGAAUCCUGAAAGGGAAAAGUGUAAAACAAGUCCCAAACUGCUUCCAAAUCUUCUAUAUAUCCUAAAAAUUUCUUAUAUUUGUUCUCUGCCAAACAGUCCAAAUCAGAGUGAGGCUAGUAAUACACCAAUCUUAUCUCAAUGAAGACCCCCAAAACCUUUAAAGGAUAUGAUCAACAAGGAAGUCCCCCAAGGUUGGAGGGCAGUGUAAAAAAACAUGACCAACAGAUUCCUACUCCCCCUACAUAUGACCUACUCAAGCCCAUCCCAUUUGUUUACAAACCUUUUGACCUACUCAAACCUAUCCCUUCCCUUCUAUUGCUGAUUAUCUCUUUUGGAAGGAAUAGCAAGAGGAAAGAUUGGGGUAAUCUUGCUUAUGAUUGUUUUGUAGGGUUAACUUUUUUUUUUUUCGAUAGGCAAACAAAAAUCAUUAACAGCUCCCAGGAAAAAGGCCACCAAAGGACAUAGGACUUAUACAACAACAUGGAACCCAUAUCUAUAUAUCUCCUAGAUUACAAAGAAUUUGCAAUGUUACUAUAAGCAUUGAAAUACUUCUUGGCAUAGAUACAGCUUCGAGGGGAAGGUUUUUGGUCAUUCUCGGUAAUGCAAUUAUCCCGUAGUGUUCUUUGUGGCAUUUCAUAACGGCCAUUUUGUUAGCAUAGGCUAUAAGAAAGAUGUUUUGUUUUAAGUUGUGUAUAAGACAUUAUUACUUAAGCAUUGGUGGAACUGACCAAAAUAUUCUAGAAACAGUGCUCUUUUUUUAUUGGCAUAGCAUUGUGGGACAACUCUAUUUUCAUAGCAACAGAGAAGACCAUGGUGACUUUUACUUCGUUGUUCAUCGUAUUAUCCCCAUUCAUACUGUUCACAGUACAUAUUGACAUAUUCAUGAAAAUUUUCACACAAGAAUAUGGGUUCUCUGAUUAGCGUUUCAUUUAUGUUUGUUAUAUUGUAUCUUUAAAUGAUCUCCAUUAUAUUAGUUUUAUUUCUUGAAAGCAGUUUCCUUUCAUCUGUUUUUGGACCAAUUGGAGAAAGAAACCUGAGCAAAGCUUAGGGCUAACUGAAAGCUUUUUGAGAGGUAAUAAGCAAAGUUCCAGUUUUGUUUCACUUGUUCUGGGAUUAUUUGGAUGAAAGAAACGUGAUUACAAAUUAGAACUAGUCAAAAGCUUUUGGAGAAACAAUCGGCUUUGUCAUAAAGACAGUUUUUCUUUUUCUUCUUUGGGAGAUUUUUUAUAUAAACUUGAUGACUUUCCUGGAUACGUGAAAAGUUUUUGGCAUAUUUUUACCUGUGCCAACUUAAAUUUGUCUAAGGGAGUGCAGUAUGCUGGUAGCUUAGUUCCAUCUAAAUCAUUCUUUAUGUCUUCAUUCUCUUUUUGGUCAACACUCUUAUGCUUCAUAUAAAAAAGAAUCUACAGAGUUGAACUGGGAUUGCCUGUCAAAAACUAUAAAGAAAAAAAAAAGUUGAAGUGGGAUCAAGAUCUGUUCUUAUGUAGGGAACAGAACAACCACCACCAAUACUCCCAAGAUAAAGCCAGCCCAGGCCAGGGCUUUGCUAUGCAUUUAAGUGCCCCUCAUGUAUGUAAAGAAAAGAUUUGUCUGGAGGGGAAUUAUUUAUGGGCAGUUUUGUCUUGGUAGCCGAUGGUUGAAAGGGUCUUGGAUUAUAGAUCCCAUAAGGGUGUUGGGUUGCCUUCUCUCAUGGAAGUCUAUGGAUUGGAAGCUGGCCAAUGGAGGAUCCUUUUAUCUAGUUGAUCUCAUUGGGGAUUUUAUGCCUUCUUGAGUCUUGUUGGAUGGUUCCCUGGGUUUGGAAAACCAAAGGUUUCUGCUUCUGAGGGCUUUGUUUACUUGUGAACAUUUUCCUUGUUUUAUCUUUUGUUUACUUGUACAUCUUUCCUUUAUCUACUGUAAGACAAGUAUAGUUGUUAAUAAAAAUGUAUGGGGUAAAAAACAGAGCCAACCAGCAUUGGACCAUGGCUGUUGCUAUGCAUUCUACUACUUCUGUUAAUUCUGGAU